AUGGCUCAAGCUGCGUCUAAAACAUGUGAGGUUUGCGUGAGCGCUCCUGGAUCACACUAUUGCAUUGACUGUGACGAAUACUAUUGUCGAAAUUGUAAGUUACUACACAAAAGACAGAAGUUAUCGAGAAACCACCAUUUUCAAAAAGCUUCCGAACUUAUCCCGGAAGGUAAAUCUAAAUGUAAUGAACACAAAGAAGAAUUGACUUUAAAUUGUAACACAUGUAAUGCACAGAUAUGCACACGUUGUGUGACAGGAAAACACAAUGGGCAUACGUUUUCCCAGAUUUUCGAUGUCAUCGUUCAACUACAAGGGGAAAACGAAACGAAAAUUCAUGCCACAACAAAUGAAGCAAAUCAAAAUAUAAAGAAAAUUGAGGAUAGUUUGAUAUCGUUUGAUAAUUCUGUUGAGUCUGUUAUAAAAGCCAUCAACGACGAAGGCGGUAAGAUUAAAAGUAUGGUUGAUGAAACCGUAGCUCAGAUGAUUACUUUAGUGAAAGAACAAUCCAAGAAGGAGAACGACAAGCUGAUGAAUAUGUUAGCUGAUGCUAAAUCCGAGCUUGUAGCCGCACAGAUAUUAGACAGAAAGAGAACAGAACUAACUAAGACCCGACAGGAUGGAAAUUUGGUACAAAAGAUCAAUAGUCUGAAAGAAGAAAUUGACAAACUACAUAUAAAUUCUCUUCCAAAGUUUCCCAAAAUAUCCUUUAGUCGUAAAUCUGUAGCUGAAGAUGACAUCAGACAAAUGAUAGGGACAUAUACUAUUAGAAAUGAAUUUGCUAGUCAAAUUAUUGUAGUAAACACUACUUCCAAUUAUACCCAGUAUAAGCCACCAUUAAUGGUGGCUGGAGUACAUGGUCUCAAUGGAGCGGCUGCUUCUGUGGAAUUCAACUAUUUCGAACAUGAGAUUGCAAAAAUCCGGCACCUUAAUAUGGAGGACGAUUUUGCGAAGAGCAUUCCGCAGAAAAAAAGGAAUGUAGUUCUUACUGUUAUUCAAAUAUGCACACGUUGUGUGACAGGAAAACACAAUGGACAUACAUUUUCCCAGAUUUUAGAUGUCAUCGUUCAACUUCAAGGGGAAAACAAAACGAAAAUUCGUGCCACAACAAAUGAAGCAAAUCAAAAUAUAAAGAAAAUUGAGUAUAGUUUGAUAUCGUUUGAUAAUUCUGUUGAGUCUGUUAUAAAAGCCAUCAACGACGAAGGCGGUAAGAUUAAAAGUAUGGUUGAUGAAACCGUAGCUCAGAUGAUUACUUUAGUGAAAGAACAAUCCAAGAAGGAGAAAGACAAGCUGAUGAAUAUGUUAGCUGAUGCUAAAUCCGAGCUUGUAGCCGCACAGAUAUUAGACAGAAAGAGAACAGAACUAACUAAGACCCGACAGGAUGGAAAUUUGGUACAAAGAUCAAUAGUCUGA